UGAAAACAUUUUCUCAGCACAGCUGGGAAAAGCUCAAGCACACAAAGCUUUUUCUAAAUAGAAUCACACAUUUUCUCUGUAGCAUGCAACUGUUAUUAAUGAUCAACUAUAUAGAAAUGAAUGUAAAGAGAAUGCUGCUGCACUUGGAAGUAAGAGACAUUGUGUACCAGAACCAAUUUACGAUAAAAGUAUGCCCCCACAAGGGUCCACUGCAACACUUCACUUCCUACACCACUUGCCCCGUCUUCCCUGUUAUUGAGUGGUCGGUUGCUGUCCACCGUGCUGAAAUGGUUAUCCACUGACCAGAAGUUUCUCUACGUCCCCACUGCCCUCCCCUUAAAGAUUUCAGGACGGUCAUCCUUUUAAACGGCUCAAUUACUCUAAUCCUGAUUCAAGGCUGACCACAGCAGGUAGCUAGCAACCUGUAGAGUGUGUUACGAGUUUAUUACUAUUCUUGUUCCAUUUUUAUCUGGGCAUACAUGGUCAAAAAGAUGCUGCAUUGGAUCAAAUAAAUAAGAAGAUCAGAUUUCAUGAGUAAUUUGCUGUCGAAAUUAAUGGGCAAGGAUGUCCCAAUUACCGGUGUGGCGCACUGACACGAUUCGGAAAUGGUUUGCUAACUCUUAAGUGUGUGUUUUGUUAAUAGUCAAUACGCGAUGCACAGCCAAUUUUGAAAUUGGUUGUCAGUCAAACUCUGCAACUUGCACAACUAUUUGAUGGUGGCUCUUUCCCUGAAGGCAUAUUGUGGUUUUGAACUGCGACAUGGCAGGAAAAGAGGAUGGCAUCUCCUUGGCUGGCUCGGUUGUCGGGGACAAGUCCGACACCCUUGGCUCUACUGCCUCGGGCAAGAAGAGAGGUGGAGGACAGAAGAAGCAGAUGCAAGCCAACAAAUCUGCUCUCCGAGCUCCUCGAGCUCUCUGCUGCCUCACCCUCAGUAACCCCAUCCGCAUGGCUGCCUUGGCCCUUGUUGAAUGGAAAUAUCCUUCAAUGAUACCUUUUGAUAUUUUCAUUCUACUUGCUAUCUUUGCCAACUGUGUGGCCCUCGGUGUAUCUAAACCCUUCCCAGAGGAGGACUCCAAUUCCACCAACCACAACCUGGAACAAGUUGAGUACAUCUUCCUAGUUAUCUUUACCAUUGAGACCUUCACUAAGAUCCUGGCCUAUGGCUUGGUUAUGCACCCCAGCGCCUACAUCCGCAGUGGCUGGAAUUUGCUUGAUUUUGUCAUUGUCGUCGUCGGGUUGUUCAGUGUGGUUGCUGAGGGGACGGCUGACCACAAGCCUGGAGAUUCCCACCAUGCAGCAGGCAAACCAGGAGGACUGGAUGUCAAAGCUCUUAGAGCCUUUAGGGUGCUGCGACCCCUUAGGCUGGUGUCUGGAGUGCCCAGUCUCCAGAUUGUCUUGAACUCCAUCAUGAAAGCCAUGGUUCCUCUGCUGCACAUUGGUCUGCUGGUCAUGUUUGUCAUCAUCAUCUAUGCCAUCAUCGGCCUGGAGCUCUUCCUCGGCAGGAUGCACAAAACCUGUUUCUAUGUGGGCACAGAACUGAAUGUGGAUGAUGACCCCACACCGUGUGCAUUUGCUGGAAAUGGGAGGGAAUGUGUGGGCAACGGGACAGAGUGCAGAGGACCGUGGGAGGGGCCUAACGGUGGGAUCACCAACUUCGACAACAUAUUUUUUGCCAUGUUGACUGUGUUCCAGUGUAUCACCAUGGAGGGCUGGACCGAUGUGCUCUACUGGAUGAAUGAUGCAAUUGGCUUUGAGAUGCCCUGGGUCUACUUUGUCUCUCUGGUCAUCUUUGGCUCGUUUUUCGUACUCAACCUAGUAUUGGGAGUGUUGAGCGGAGAGUUCUCCAAGGAAAGAGAGAAGGCUGUGGCUCGUGGAGAGCUGCAGGACGCCCAGAAUAAGAAGCAGAUGGAGGAGGAUAUGUGUGGUUACAUGGACUGGCUCAUCGAGGCCGAGGAUGUGGACGAGGAAGGAAACAAACGUGCUGCUGUUGCCAAGAAGAAAAUGAUGAAGAAGUUUGGCUGGUAUAAACACAGCGAGGAUGGAGAAUCGGAUUCAGACUCUGAAUUUGGAGCAUAUUUAGAUGACGACAAUGGCUGCUGUGCAUCUCUAAUGGCUAAAAUGAUGGCCAACAGUUUCUGUGAUCAGCUAUGCCAACUGAACCAUGCCUUUCGGAAAAACUGUCGUGUAGCUGUCAAAUCCCAGAACUUCUAUUGGCUGGUGCUUCUUCUGGUGUUUCUCAACACAGCAGCCAGCGCCUCUGAACACUACGGCCAGCCCAAGUGGCUCACCGAGAUGCAGGAGCGGGCCAAUAAGAUCCUCUUGAUGUUGUUCACGCUGGAGAUGCUGUUGAAGAUGUACAGUUUCGGUUUCCAGAUCCACUUCUUGGCUCUGUUUAACCGCUUCGACUGCUUUGUGGUGUGUGGUGGCAUCCUGGAGACGGUCCUGGUUGAGUUGCAGAUCAUCCCUCCCAUCGGCAUCUCUGUGCUGCGCUGUGUCCGCCUGCUCAGGGUGUUCAAAGUGACACGGCACUGGGCAGCCCUGUCAAACCUGGUCAAUUCACUGCUCAACUCCAUGAAGGCUAUCUGCUCUCUACUGCUCCUGCUCUUCCUCUUUCUAAUCAUCUUCUCCCUGCUGGGUAUGCAGCUGUUUGGGGGCAAAUUCAACUUUGAUGAGACUCAGAUGAAGAGGAGCACGUUUGACACUUUCCCCCAGGCCCUGCUCACCUGCUUCCAGAUCCUUACAGGAGAGGACUGGAAUGCAGUGAUGUAUGAUGGGAUCAUGGCUUAUGGCGGGCCAGUCUUCCCACAGAUGAUCGUGUGCAUCUACUUUGUCUCCCUCUUUGUUGUCGGUAACUAUAUCCUGCUCAAUGUCUUCUUGGCUAUCGCUGUGGACAAUUUGGCAGGAGAUGGUGGAAAAAAGAAAGUAGAAGAGAAAAAGGAGGAGGAAGAGGACUGGGACGAUGACGAAGACAAAGAGGAAGAUGCAGCGAAUGAGAUGGAUGACUGGGAGGAGAAUGAGGAGUUGAGAGCCAUUGAGGGUCUGGAGGGAAUUAUGCCUGUGAAGCCUGAAUUUUCCGCUCCAAAAGAGAAGAUUGAACCCAUUCCAGAUGGUAGCUCCUUCUUCAUUCUUGGAAAGAGAAACUGCCUCCGAGUGGCCUGUCACAACCUCAUCCACCACUCCUACUUCACCAACCUCAUCCUUGUCUUCAUCAUCGCCAGUAGCAUUUCUCUGGCUGCUGAGGAUCCAAUCAGAGCUCACUCCUUUAGGAACAACAUGCUUGGCUAUGCUGACUAUGCAUUCACCUCCAUAUUCACUGUGGAAAUUAUAUUGAAGGUGACAGUUUUCGGUGCGUUCCUUCAUCCUGGAUCGUUCUGUAGGAAUGCCUUUAAUCUUCUGGACCUACUGGUUGUCAGUGUGUCGCUCGCGUCCUUCUUCCUCCAUUCCAGCGCUAUUUCUGUGGUCAAGAUUUUCAGGGUACUCAAAGUGCUCAGGCCUCUUCGAGCAAUCAACAGAGCCAAAGGACUCAAGAAUGUAGUGCAGUGCGUGUUUGUGGCAAUCAAAACAAUCGGAAACAUCUUGAUCGUCACAACGCUCCUCCAGUUCAUGUUUGCCUGUAUUGGAGUGCAGCUCUUCAAGGGAAGAUUCUACAGUUGCACUGAUGAAGCUAAACACACUCCAUAUGAGUGCAUGGGGACGUUUGUGGUGUAUAAGGACGGUGAUAUGAAUCACCCUAUGGUGAGAGAGAGGAAAUGGCAAAACGGUGAAUUCAACUUUGACAAUGUGCUGCAGGGCAUGCUGGCCCUGUUCACUGUGUCUACAUUUGAAGGCUGGCCGCAGCUACUGUACAAGGCCAUCGACGCCAAUGCAGCGAACCAUGGCCCUAUUUACAACUACCGUGUGGAAAUCUCCAUAUUCUUCAUCAUCUACAUCAUCAUCAUCGCCUUCUUCAUGAUGAACAUCUUCGUGGGCUUCGUCAUCAUCACGUUCCGUGAACAGGGAGAAUCUGAGUUCAAAAACUGUGAACUGAACAAAAAUCAAAGACAGUGUGUGCAGUACGCUCUGAAAGCCAAGCCCAUCAAGAUCUACAUUCCCAGAAACCCAUCCCAGCUAAAGUUCUGGAAAAUCAUCGCCUCCAGCCAGUUUGAAUACAUCAUGUUUGUCUUAAUUCUUCUCAACACCCUCACCUUGGCUGUGCAGCAUUAUGAGCAGUCUAAAACAUUCAACUCUGUGAUGGACAUCCUCAACUUGAUCUUCACAGCCCUAUUUACCAUAGAGAUGGUCAUCAAGCUACUGGCUCUCAGAACACAUCAAUAUUUCAUUGAUGCUUGGAACACCUUUGAUGCUCUGAUAGUUGUGGGCAGUGUGCUAGACAUCAUGGUCUCAGAGCUUAGUGGUGGAGAUGAGGAUGGAGAAGCCAUUGAGGCCGCAGCCAAAGCCGCAGCUGUAGCUGUACCUGGAGCUCCACCCGGGGCCAAGAAGGAAAGCGGAAAAGUGUCCAUCACAUUCUUCCGUUUGUUCCGAGUCUUGCGAUUGGUCAAGCUGCUCAGCAAAGGGGAGGGCAUUCGAACCCUCCUCUGGGCUUUUGUCAAGUCCCUCCAGGCCUUGCCAUAUGUCGGUCUCCUUAUUGCUAUGAUCUUCUUCAUCUACGCUGUGAUCGGCAUGCAGACAUUUGGAAAGAUUGCUAUAGAUGACAACUCGCAUAUCAACAGGAACAACAACUUUCAGACCUUCUUCAUGUCUGUCCUACUGCUCUUCAGGUGUGCAACCGGAGAACAGUGGCAGGAGAUCAUGUUGGCAGCGUUGCCAGGGAGACGCUGUGACCCCGAGUCAGACUUUGAGCCCGGGGAGGAGAGCAUGUGCGGCAGCAACCUGGCCUACAUCUACUUCAUCAGCUUCUUCAUGCUCUGCGCUUUCCUGAUCAUUAACUUGUUCAUUGCUGUCAUCAUGGACAACUUUGAGUACCUGACCAGGGAUUGGACCGUACUGGGUACUCAUCACCUGGACGAGUUCAAACGAGUCUGGUCAGAUUAUGACCCAGAGGCCACGGGUCGAAUCAAACAUAUCGAUGUGGUCACUAUGCUGCGCAGGAUCCAGCCACCCCUUGGUUUUGGCAAACUGUGCCCCCAUCGUGUGGCCUGCAAGAGGCUGGUUGCUAUGAACGUGCCGCUGCACAGCGAUGGGACAGUCACCUUCAACGCUACCCUGUUUGCGCUGGUCAGAACCUCACUCAAGAUCAAGACUGACGGGCCUGUUGACCAGGACAACGAGGAGCUCAGGGCCAUCAUUAAGAAGAUAUGGAAGCGCACUAAACCCAAGCUCCUUGAAGAGGUCAUUCCACCCCCUAGAGGGGAAGAGGUCACUUGUGGGAAGUUCUAUGCCAGCUUCUUGAUCCAGGACUACUUUAAGAAGUUCCGCAAGAGGAAGGAGCGGGAGAGGAAAAAGAAGGGAAAGGACAAGAAAGACUCUCUCCAGGCAGGGCUACGGUCACUGCAGGCACUUGCCCCAGAGUUGCAUCUGGCCUUGGCAAUGGAGGGAGAGGAGGAGGAGGGUAUGGAGGGAGAGUUGGACGAAGAGUUUUUCAAAAAUGAAAAUGUUUUUGAAGACCCAGGCACCUCUGCCACCAAUACUUCCUCCACCACUCCCAUACCAGGUGACAUGGAGGAGUCCACCACCAUCGUUUUCAUGGAGCCCUUCGUCGAGCCCACUAUAUUCAGCGACGUGGUCACAGAACAACCAUCAACAGCCAGUGAGAGAUCAGAAUCAGCUCUGUCAUCCUUUGAUGUGGUGGUUGAACAGCCAACGAGAUCUGAGGCCCUCCUUCCUCCAGAAGAAGCACCAGCCCCAUCCCCGCCCCACCCAGCCGCAUCACCACCAAAAGCAGCCCCACCCCCACCACAGAUUGCUUCUCCGCCACAAAUGUUUGCCCAAUCCCAACCUCAAAUAGUGAUAGCCCCACCAGAACCAGAGGCAGCUCAAAUAGUGUUAGAGGCAGCCGCUGCCCCACCUCAACAUGAGCUAGUGAUAGAGGGAAGAGGAGGUGAAACUUAUGCUGCACAGCAGGUGUACUACCAACAGUACCCAGUGGGCAUGCUAACAAACAACGGGUAUGCAUAUCAAGAGCAACCUGCAGCAUCCCAUAUCCCACCAGAGUACAUGCAGAGUCAUGCUCCUAACUUCACCAAUGGGAGUGUUGCAGGAGUACCCUACGGAAAUGGAAAUGGCAUGAAUGGAAAUGGCUAUAAUGGCGCUAUGAAUGGUAUGAAUGGAGGUAGCGUGAGUGGCUACACCGGUAAUGGUUACAUAGGAAACGGCUACAAUGGAAAUGGCUACAAUGGCAACGGCUACAAUGGAAACGGAUUGGAGCCGUAUGUCCGGAGACGUGUUCUUCCUCCCACUCCUGCAGGUCGUAAGCCGCCCUCUUUUAACAUCCAGUGUCUGCGGGCACAGCACAGCGCGGGUGACAUCCCCAUCCCUGGCACAUAUGAGAGUAACUCACCCCCAUGCAGAUCCAGACUGACCCUUGACUCCCGCCGCAGCAGUGUCUCCUCCAUAUCCUCGGCCUCCUGGGCCAACAAUGGAGGAGGACCUGCAGGGUCAAUGCCAGAAGCAGGGGUGUCAGCAACAUCAGCAGCAGCCGCAAAGAGAGGGCGUCUGCUCUACGCCCCUCUGAUGCUGGUGGAUGAGGCCGGGGGCACCCAGCAGCUGUGGGGAGACAGGACCCAGGCCACCUCCAGCCUCCCUGCUAUUGCAACUAGGCCCAGUGGCUGGUACCCUGGAGCCCCAACACUCCCCAUGCACACGCCACAGAACAGGAGCUACACUAACGGCAGAGUGCCCUCCCAGAUCAGCCAAAGACUCAUAGAGAAAGGCAGUGCAAACAGCCUGGUGGAGUCGAUCCUGAUAUCAGAAGGCUUGGGCCUCUAUGCAAGAGACCCAAAGUUUGUGAACUUCGCCAAGCGGGAGAUCGCUGACGCAUGUAACAUGACCAUUGAUGAGAUGGAAAACGCAGCCACAGAUCUGCUGACCCGUUCUACUGGACAGCCAAUAGGACGCUUCGAGGAGGAGCUGGCAGAUGAGAUGAACUGUGUGAUUUCCUACUGAGAGAGAGGAAACAGAGAGAGAGAGGGAGGGAGGGAGGGAGAGUAGGAGGGCAAUGAGAUAGAGCCUUACCUCUCCAUCAUCAUGGGGGGGGGGGGUAAGAAUGCUGUCGCAAGCUAUUGAUCUUAGGAAACGGUCUAUAUCUCUUUGAUCAUGCUAUUUUUCUUUUCCAGAUCUUCUCAGUUAAUUUGGCUUUGUUGAAAGCAUCAGUGUGUCUUGAACAAGAGUCUGAAAGAACCAUUGUGAAUUAGACAGCAUAUACAGUACAGAGCCCAACUAUUGAGGUUUGGCCUCAAUACUCUUUACACAUUAUUCUAAUGUAAGAGUGUACUGUACUAUAGCCUGCCGAACAUGAUUGCAAUUCGUAUUCUACUAUGAAGUAGUUUAUCGCUAUUUUCAAAAGCGGCAUUUUUGGAUUGUAUUUCCAUUUUUGGUACUGUUCUAGAAUUACUGUCACUUAUACACCCAAAUCAUACAAUAACCCUGCUAGGGUCAUAAAAACAUAUUAAAAGCUGGCAUAAAUCAAAAAAACAAAAAAAUGAAAUACAGUACAUGUCUAUAGUUCAAGUGAGCUCCACUUGUAACCAUAGAUAAUGAAAAUGGGUUUAUGUGUGUCAUGUCAGUUGCCCAGUGAAGCAUUAGCAUAGCAUUAACAGUAGACUUUUGAACCAUGUCAUGUCAUAUGAACCUUUCUAGCGCAGGGGUUUCGCUAGCGGAACACCUCGACAACAUUCCGCUGAAGAGGCAGCUCACGAAAUUCAAAAAUAUUUUUUUGAAAUAUGUAACUUUCACACAUGAACAAGUCCAAUACAGCAAAUGAAAGAUAAACAUCUUGUUAAUCUACCCAUUGUUAAUCUACCCAUUGACUAAUGAUGAUAAAUACAAUCCACCUGUGUGUAAUCAAGUCUCCGUAUAAAUGCACCUGCACUGUGAUAGUCUCAGAGGUCCAGUAUCUCGGACCUGCCUGGUGUGUUCCUUGUUCUUCAUGAUGCUCACUGCGCUUUUAACGGACCUCUGAGACUAUCACAGCGCAGGUGCAUUUAUACGGAGACUUGAUUACACACAGGUGGAUUGUAUUUAUCAUCAUUAGUCAUUUUGGUCAACAUUGGAUCAUUCAGAGAUCCUCACUGAACUUCUGGAGAGAGUUUGCUGCACUGAAAGUAAAGGGGCUGAAUAAUUUUGCACGCCCAAUUUUUCAGUUUUUGAUUUGUUAAAAAAGUUUGAAAUAUCCAAUAAAUGUCGUUCCACUUCAUGAUUGUGUCCCACUUGUUGUUG